CCCGCUGCAGAGCUGCACUCUGAAUCAUUUGUUUCACACAGGCAGAAGACGAGAAGCGGCAGAGGACCAACUAGUGGAAAAAUAAUAAUAGAGAAAUAAAAAUCUCCUGAAUGGCGCCGGGGAGCUGCAGCAGGAACAUGGAGCGGUCAGACUGUGAUACAAAAGGAAAGUCUAAGAGGAAGAGGAGGAGGAGGUGCAAAGGCAAAGGAUGCAGCAACACGGUGCCAACUUUCAUGAGCCCCAUCAAACACUGGGAUACUGAAGCAUCAUCAGCUGAAGAUGCAGACAAUUCAAGUACCAGCAGUUUGGAGGUGAAGGAGAACCAGGAAGACAAAUGCCAGGUGGAGCGUAACUUACUACGAAAGUAUCACCCGUCAACUUUUUAUACACCUUUCCACAGAGACGGACCAAGAGCUCUGAAGAGGAAGCAGCCGUUGGUAGACGGAAAAGACCGGCUGCUCUACCAAAGCCACCUGACCUGUAAAAGAGCAGCUUGGGCCGUGACUCAGAAGAACGCACUGGUGCACCUGAACGAGUUACGACCAGGUCUGCAGUACGAUAUCACAUCAAAGACUGGCCCACUGCAUGCACCUGUGUUUUCUGUAGGUGUGGAGGUAAACGGCUUCCACUUCGAGGGCCGAGGACCAACUAAAAGACAGGCCAAGAUGAGGGCUGCAGAGCAGGCUCUCCAGUCAUUCAUCCAGUUCCCAAAUGCUUCCCAGGCUCAUGCCACCAUGGGGAACUUCACUAGCACACCUAUGGACUUUACAGCAGAUAAAGUGGAUAUUCCUGAUGAAUUUUUCAAAGAGUUUGAGCCAUCAGUGCUUGAGGACUGUGAUCUAGUUCAUUGCAACGCAGCAAAAAAGGAGGUCUUCUCCAGCAUUUACAACCACAGGAGACUUGUUCGGCUAACCCUGGACUUGGUUUCCUCUGCAAAUCCAAAAAGACGAGCAGUCAGCAGCUCACUUUUAGAGCACCUCAGCCCGGUGGCACUGCUCAAUGAGCUGCGACCAGGGCUCAGGUACAUGUGCCUGACUGAAAGAGUUCCUGGCAGGGCGAUGAGGAGUUUUGUUAUGGUGGUCAGGUUGGAGGGGGCAGUGUUUGAAGGCUGUGCUCCCAGUAAACGACUGGCCAAGUCCCAGGCAGCAGCAGCUGCCCUACAGUCUCUUUACAACAUAAGUCUGGGACCAGAGAGGACCUUUAUGGGUUUGCAGGACAGCAGGGCCAAAAAUCAGCUACCUCAGUUCUUCGCAGAGUCAAUUUUCCACUUGGUGAGAGAGAAAUACGCAGUGCUCACGGAAAGCUGUUGCUCUACUUCACACGCCCGACACAAGGUGCUGGCAGGGAUCGUGAUGACCAGAGGACUCGAUCUUCGGUCAGCCCGGGUUGUGUCUCUUGCCACCGGGACCAAGUGCUCGGAUUCGGAUAGCGUGAGCGACUGUGGCUGCACGCUCACUGACUGUCAUGCUGAGGUCAUAAGUCGGAGGGCGCUGGUUCGAUUCCUGUACGGUCAGCUGGAGCUGCUGCUCUGUAAGCCAGCGGACAGCGAGGAACAAUCGAUCUUCAUACCAAAUAAAAGCUGCGGCGGCUUCCGGCUGCAGGACGGCGUCCACUUCCACAUGUACGUCUGCUCGUCGCCGUGUGGAGACGCUCGACUCAACUGCCCCUACGAGACCACAGCUGCAUAUCCCAGCAGGAGAUUUCGCUGCCACCUCAGGGUGAAGGUAAACGGAGGCGAGGGGACGCUGCCCAUCACGGCACGGACAGCCGAUCAGAAAUGGGACGGCAUAUCACCGAGUAAACCUCUCGUCGCCAUGUCCUGCACAGACAAACUGGCAAAGUGGAGCGUCGUGGGCCUCCAGGGGGCCCUUCUGUCUCACCUGGUGGAGCCGAUUUACCUGCAGAGCCUGACAGUGGGCACACUCAGCCACACGGGUCACCUGGGCAGAGCUAUGGCACGCCGCCUCGCGCCCAUCAAACACCUCCCCUUUCCCUACCGACGACAGCAGCUGCUGCUCGGCUGUUUGAGCAGCAGGGACGCUCGGCCAGCAGGGAAGGCUCCCAAUGUCAGCUUAAACUGGAGCUACGGUGAUGGAGGCUUGGAGGAAAUCAGCACCUCCACAGGAAGGAGGAAGGACUCAGGGACACCAUCACAGCUCUGCAGGCGCGCUCUGUUUGCACGCUGGCUCAGGCUGCAGCAGCAGCUCAAUGGCCCUGUAGUAGGUGCAGAAUCCAGUACGGGGACAUAUUCUGCUUCUAAGAUGUCUGCUCAGUGCUAUCAGAGGGCUGUGCAGCAGUUCAGCAGCGGCCUGCAGGGAGGAGGUCUGGGGAUGUGGCUGAGGAAACCUCCAAAGCUCAGUCACUUCAGCAUCAGUGGGUCAAAAACUGAGUGUUAAAUGGUGAUUAUGGGGGCUGUAUAUUUUUCUACUGUCACUGCGUCAGGAAGGAAUUUCAUUUAUUUUCUGAUAAACCACAAAAGUGAAAGAGACACCUGGACUAGACAAGUAACCACCGACUGUGACGUAAUAACCAUUUACCUGGGCAGAUAAUAGAGUAACAAUCUAUAUGAAGGCUUUUUUUCCCUUUUAUUUUUGUCCUGAUGUGUUAUAAUAAAUGCAAACAGAGGGUCAAGAGAAUUUCUUGUCCCUAAUGUGAAUAGCAGUUAUUAAUAUUCAUCAGCUUUUGUUUCUUUGUGAGCCCAUCAAACUUUAUGUACAAGUUAAAAUAGGCCAGCAUGUCCUCACCUUCCAAAAGUGUCCCGAUAAAGUCCGCAGCUCCUGUCUGAGAGAAAAACAUAAAUGUACCACAACAAACGUGUUUAUCCCAACCUUAACAGACCUGCUGAGCCACGACAGACACCUGAACCCUGAAACUGACAGUUCACCUGAAUUACUGUGCCCCCCCCCCCCCUACAUUUCUGUCCUCAUUUGAAUGUUAAUUUCUUUCUUUUAUAUUUUUUUGUGUUCUUUGUUCUUUAAAAAAAAAUGUGUUUGAUGUAACCAUGUCUCACAUGUUUAAUUAUGUCAACAUGCAUCACCCUCAUGUAGGCUGAAGAGUGAGUGCUGUAGGCUCAGGAGUGUGAUGGCAUGCUGCCCCCUAGAGGGAGAUGAGGAGGAAAUCUUCAGUUUUCUCCUUCUAAUCUCUUUAACUACAGAUAUCCCAAAGACUUAGUUUCCUGUUUCUGUGUUUACUUUAUUUAUAUA